GAUUCCUGCAGAGGAUCAAGAGAGCACGUGGACCUCGCACAGCCUCUCCCACAGGUACCAUGAAGGUCUCCGCGGCGGCCCUCGCUGUCAUCCUCAUUGCUACCGCCCUCUGCGCUCCUGCAUCUGCCUCCCCAUAUGCCUCGGAUACCACACCCUGCUGCUUUGCCUACAUUGCCCGCCCACUGCCCCGUGCCCACAUCAAGGAGUAUUUCUACACCAGUGGCAAGUGCUCCAACCCAGCAGUCGUCUUUGUCACCCGAAAGAACCGCCAAGUGUGUGCCAACCCAGAGAAGAAAUGGGUUCGGGAGUACAUCAACUCUUUGGAGAUGAGCUAGGAUGGAGAGUCCUUGAACCUGAACUUACACAAAUUUGCCUGUUUCUGCUUGCUCUUGUCCUAGCUUGGGAGGCUUCCCCUCGCUAUCCUACCCCACCCGCUCCUUGAAGGGCCCAGAUUCUACCACAUAGCAGCAGUUAUAAAAACCUUCCCCAGGCUGGACGUGGUGGCUCAUGCCUGUAAUCCCAGCACUUUGGGAGGCCAAGGUGGGUGGAUCACUUGAGGUCAGGAGUUCGAGACCAGCCUGGCCAUCAUGAUGAAACCCCAUCUCUACUAAAAAUACAAAAAUUAGCUGGGCGUGGUGGCCCACGCCUGUAAUCCCAGCUACUUGGGAGGCUAAGGCAGGAAAAUUGUUUGAACCCAGGAGGUGGAGGCUACAGUGAGCUGAGAUUGUGCCACUUCACUCCAGCCUGGGUGACAGAGUGAGACUCCAUCACAACAACAACAACAACAACAACAACAACAACAAAAAGCCUCCCCAACUAAAGCCUAGAAGAGCUUCUGAGGCGCUGCUUUGUCAAAAGGAAGUCUCUAGGUUCUGAGCUCUGAAGCCCCUUGGCUUUGCCAGGGCUCUGUGACCAGGAAGGAAGUCAGUGUGCCUCUAGAGGCAAGGAGGGGAGGAACACUGCACUCCUAAGCUUCCAUCUCAACCCCUCACAGGAGCUUACUGGCAAACAUGAAAAAUCGGCUUUCCAUUAAAGUUCUCAAUGCAACUAU